CAAAGUUGUAUUUGUUUAUUGAAUAAUUGUGGAUAUUUAAAAUAUGAGUAAUAAUAGUGAUGUAAAUAAUGAUUCAGACGGUUUUGACAAAAACUUCAAAAUACCGAAAAGAAAGGCCGAAGAAACCAAAGUUCAAAAUGUAAACGAGGAAAUGCUGGUACAACAAAACGUUUUGGCCAAUUCGUACUAUAAUUACCAGUAUGGGCAGAUGGGGUUAUUUGGACCCUGGCAGCCCCCAGAUGCUGGUUAUUAUCAAUACCCACAGCCAGGACCAAGCAGCGAACCAAUUACGCAGCAAAUAUAUAACACGCUUAUUUCUCAUAAAGAAAAACCAAAAACUUAUAGUAACAACAUAUUUAGGCAAACGGUGCCCGAUUGCAACGAUGCCACGUUGCCGAAAGAGCUAACGAUGCUUUUUCAACCGCUGUACUGCAAACUUUGCUUGGCUCAGUUGAGCUCUAACGUGAUGGCAAAGUUGCAUUACAAGUCGAAAAACCACGAAAAAAAAAUCAAAAAAUUUCUGAUCGAACACGCGGAACGCACCGGAGAGCCUCUGCACAAGAGAGCGAAAGUCUCCGUUGCCAAGUCUACUGACGAUGAAUCCAAAGAUCCGCGGUAUUUUCACUGCGAAGUGUGCGAUUUGCCUUUGACCGGAAAAUUGCACGCAGAGUCGCAUUACAUGGGAAAAAAUCAUCAAAAGGCAAUUAUGGGUCAUAAAACUCCUGCUGGAAAAGGAUUCUGGAAUGAUUCUGGAAAAUGGGUGAGAUUAAAAUCGGAGAAAAAAACCGACAUCGCUUCCGGCUCGGACACUUUCGGGCUCGACUUCCGGCCCAAGCCGGCUGUCGCGCCGGUGCUUGGGCCGGUAAUGCCGGCCGCCGGCGUUGCCAAGUUUCACUGCGAUAUUUGCAACGUCGGAGCCACCUGUCAACAGCAACUCGACAUGCAUUACAAAGGUCAAAAACAUUUGAAGAAAAUGAAACAGCUGGGCAUCCGGUUGGACCCUGAAGUCCAUGUCGAAGCAAAAUCAAGGAUUGUCGAACAAACGGAUUUAUCGGCUUAUAGAACUCCCAGUGGAAAUUAUUACUGUCAGUCCUGCAACAUAACCUUAAAUUCCGAGACGCAGUUUAAAGUUCACUUGAGUAGCAAAAAUCAUUAUAAAAAAAUAAACAAAGUUAACUAA